AUGGCUAAGUUAGGAGACGAGGUUGAAGCCAACCCCGAAUUGUACGGGCUCCGGCGGUCGGGCCGCGAGCGCAAGGUGAUGAGUCUUGCCGAGGAUCUGGACGAUGAGAUCGACACGGUGAAGAGACGCUCCCGUGUUGCUCACGACGAAUACGACGACGACAUCUUAGACGACGAGUCGGAGGAAAAUGACGAUGAUGAUGAUGAUGCAGAGUUUGUAACUGGCCCCCGUAAAAGACCGGCUUCGUCGAGUCGACUGAGCACAAAGAGAACACGCGCUGUCCGUAGUGGUCUGCUGACCCCUCGUGCUCCGCUGAUACCCGCUGAGGUGCGGUUUUCCACCAGAAACAAUGGCUCGGUCAACUAUGCCGUUGAUGAGGAAGACGAAAACGAGUUCUUGGAGAGCGAGGACGAAGACGAGGACGACGAGAAGGGCGACUAUUACUACUAUGAACAGGCGUUGGCUGAGGAGAACGCUCCAGGUAUUGACGCGGUUCUCGACCACAAACUCAACGAGGAUAAUGCCGAGGUCACCAACGAGCCCAAGUUGGACUAUCUCUUCAAAAUCAAGUGGAGCAACAAGUCUCACUUGCACAAUUCGUGGGAGACGUAUAGCUCGCUCAAAGAUGUCAAGGGCUUCCGUAGAGUCGAUAACUAUAUCAAGCUGUUUAUUCUUUUGGACCAAGAGUUGAGAAAUGAUCCGUUGGUCACGAAGGAGGACAUCGAGGCCAUGGAUAUUGAGCGCGAGCGCAAAAGAGACGAACAGGAGGAGUUCACCCAUGUGGAGAGAAUCGUUGACAGUGACAGAGUCGAGCUUGACGAUGGCACGUCGCAGUUGCAAUACUACGUCAAAUGGAAGAGAUUGUACUAUGACGAAUGUCUGUGGGAGAAUGCUGAGGUGAUUGCCGAGUCUGCUCCCGAACAAGUCAAAAAGUUUCAACAGAGAUUGCUGUCCAAGAUUCUUCCCAGCUUGUCUGCCAACUAUCCUGUUAAUCAAAGACCUCGUUUCGAGAAGUUGAGCAAGCAGCCACUUUUUAUCAAGAAUGGAGAAUUGAGAGAUUUCCAAUUAACAGGUUUGAACUGGAUGGCCUUUUUGUGGUCCCGUAACGAGAAUGGUAUCUUGGCAGAUGAGAUGGGUUUGGGUAAGACAGUCCAGACAGUGGCGUUCUUGUCAUGGCUCAUCUACGCUCGUCGUCAAAACGGUCCCCAUUUGGUAGUUGUGCCAUUGAGUACAUUACCUGCUUGGCAAGAAACCUUUGAGAAGUGGGCACCAGAUAUCAACUGUAUCUACUAUGUCGGUAACACCGAGGCCAGAAAGAACAUCCGGGAGUAUGAAUUCUAUUCUGGAAACACCAGCAAGCCAAAGUUCAACAUUCUUCUCACGACUUAUGAGUAUAUUUUGAAGGACAGAAAUGAGCUAGGGGCUUUCAAAUGGCAGUUCCUCGCUGUUGACGAAGCCCACAGAUUGAAGAAUGCUGAAUCUUCCUUGUACGAAUCCCUCAAGCUGUUCAAAGUUGCCAAUAGAUUACUCAUCACUGGUACCCCCUUGCAGAAUAACAUCAAGGAGUUGGCUGCAUUGUGCGACUUCCUUAUGCCCGGAAAGUUUAAUAUUUAUCAAGAGAUUGACUUUGAAACUCCUAAUGACGACCAAGAAGACUACAUCAAGGGCUUACAACUGAGUAUCAAACCGUUCAUUCUCAGAAGACUUAAAAAAGAUGUUGAGAAAUCCCUUCCUUCUAAAACAGAAAGAAUUUUGAGAGUGGAGUUAUCUGAUCUACAAACAGAGUACUACAGAAACAUUAUCACAAAGAAUUACACGGCUUUGAAUGCUGGUGCCAAAGGUUCUCAAGUUUCUCUCCUCAAUGUCAUGAGUGAGCUCAAGAAGGCCUCCAACCAUCCUUAUCUUUUUGAUGGUGCUGAGGAGAAAGUAUUGUCAAAGGCAGGUUCAGCAUCGAGAGACAACAUCUUGAGAGGACUUGUGAUGUCUUCGGGUAAGAUGGUUCUUUUGGAACAGCUCUUGAACCGGUUGAAAAAGGAGGGCCAUCGUGUCUUGAUCUUCUCGCAAAUGGUCAGAAUCUUGGACAUCUUAGCCGACUACCUCGCUAUCAAGGGAUUUCAGUUCCAAAGAUUAGAUGGUGGAAUCCCCUCUGCUCAAAGAAAAAUUUCGAUUGAUCAUUUCAAUGCUCCUGACUCAAAAGAUUUCGCGUUUUUGCUUUCUACUAGAGCUGGUGGAUUGGGUAUCAACUUGAUGACUGCCGACACCGUCAUUAUCUUCGACUCUGAUUGGAAUCCUCAGGCUGAUCUUCAAGCCAUGGCUCGUGCCCACAGAAUUGGUCAGAAGAAGCACGUUUCGGUCUACCGUUUCGUUUCUAAGGACACUGUGGAGGAGGAGAUUUUGGAGAGAGCUAGAAAAAAGAUGAUUCUUGAGUACGCCAUUAUUUCCCUUGGAAUGACGGAUCCUAGUGGUAACAAGAAGAACAAGAAUGAGCCCUCCUCGACAGAAUUGUCACAGAUCUUGAAAUUCGGUGCGGCUAAUAUGUUCGCACCCAAUGAGAACCAAAAGAAAUUGGAAGAUUUGAAUUUGGAUGAUGUUUUGAGCCGUGCUGAAGAUCAUGUUACUACACCGGAGCUUGGAGAGUCCAACUUGGGUUCAGAGGAGUUCUUGAAGCAGUUUGAGGUCACCGAUUAUAAGGCAGACGUUCAAUGGGAUGAUAUCAUUCCACAAGAAGAGUUGCUGAAAUUGAAGGAAAAAGAAAAGAAGAAGGCCGAGGAGGAGUAUUUGAAUGAGCAAAUUGCCAUCUACUCUCGUAGAAGAGCCGCUAUGAAUCAGCUCCAAGACAACACGCCCGACACUUCUGGUAUUGAUGAUGACGACGAUGAGGAAGGUGGCAGAAGACGUGCACACAAAAAGAAGGUUGAGGUGCCAGACGAGCUUUCUGAGAAGGAAAUUAGAGGCAUCUACAGAUCUAUUCUCAAGCUCGGUGAUUUGUCAGGCAAGUGGAACCAACUUGUGGAAGAUGGAAGUAUUUCCAACAAAAAUCCUGUUUUGAUCAAGCACGCUUACAACGAGAUUAUCAACACAUCCAAGAGAUUGGUUAAAGAAGAGGAAGCCCGCAGAGCAGAGGUUUUGGCAGAUUUGGAGCAAAAGGCCAAGGAUCUGAAAGCCUCUGGCAAUGAAAAGGAUGGAACUGCCUUGUGGAUAGCCAAGAAAAAAGAAAAGAAGGCUGUUUUGUUCGAAUAUCAGGGUGUCAAGCAUUUGAAUGCCGAAUUAAUUUUGUCGAGACCACCAGAUAUGAAGCUUCUUCUGUCAUUGAUUCCAGAGGACAAACCAACAUCCUUUGUGCUACACAAGAACCCUAAGCUGGUCCAGAACUGGAACUGCGAUUGGAGUGUCAAGGAUGAUGCCAUGUUGUUGGUGGGUGUGUACUUGUUUGGAUAUGGUUCUUGGACUCAAAUUAGAGACCAUCCUGUUCUCGGGUUGCAGAACAAAAUCUUCUUGGAGACAGCCAGCAAGGCCGAUAAAAAGGGCGAUGACGGCAAUGGAAAGGAUUCCAAGGCCAACAACAAAAAAGUUCCCGGUGCUGUUCAUUUGGGUAGAAGAGUUGAUUACUUGUUUUUACUUUUGAGAGGAGAUGAAGAGAGUAACGGCUCGGCGCCUGUGGCUAGAAAGAGGGUUAAGAAGGCUAAAGCAGAGCCCGCCGCGGUGACCAAGGUCAAGAAGGAGGGAAAGAACGCUAGAUCAUCGACCCCAGAGCCUAAGAAAACAAAUGGUAAAAGAAAUGGAGCUGCUACCCACACUCCAUCAUCUGAGACAACCAAAGUCAAGAGCGAAGAUGCUGCUGCCGAUGGUGAUGAGGAAGACUUUUUGGAGUACGAGUCGAUGGACGAGGCGGAAUGCAAGCUGACAUUGAAGCCUGUAGCCAAGUCGUUGAUGAAGUUGCACAAGGGAAACAAGGGACUUGGUAAGCACGAGUGGGCAGUUCUUCUACGAAAGGAACUAGUCUCGAUUGGAGACUUCAUUGCUAGUGUCAGUAAGGCUGGAGAUCGUACGCAUAAGCAUUUGUGGUCUUAUGCUAGUCUCUACUGGCCCGCCAAGGUGCAGAGUUCCAAGAUCACUACCAUGUACAAUAGAAUCAAAUCUCAGGGAGACAAGAAGGCAGAAUAG